AUGGGGAGGAGUAGCGGAAGAGACCGAAGACGAAGAAGAUCGGAUGAGUCCCAAUCCGAGUCAACUUCCGACUCCGACUCGGACAGACGCCACCGUAGUAGUAGCCGCCGGUCUCGGCAUGACUCCGACGGCGACAGGAAGAAGAAGUCCUCAAGGAACAUCACAGAAGAGGAAAUCACGCAGUACAUGGCCAAAAAGGCCCAAACAAAGGCUAUGAAAGUCGCGAAAAAGUUGAAAACCAGUACGGUGUCGGGCUAUUCCAACGAUUCGAAUCCGUUUGGUGACUCCAAUCUCAACGAGAAAUUUGUUUGGCGCAAGAAGAUUGAACGCGAUGUUUCUCAAGGUGUGUCUAUUGAAACGUUUUCAGUUAAGGCCGAGAAAAAGAGACAGAGAGAAAGGAUGGCAGAAAUUGAAAAAGUGAAGAAGAGAAGAGAGGAAAGGGCACUUGAGAAAGCACGACAUGAGGAAGAAAUGGCACUCUUAGCUAGAGAACGUGCUAGAGCUGAGUUUCAGGACUGGGAAAAGAAAGAAGAAGAGUUCCAUUUUGAUCAAAGUAAAGUUAGGUCAGAAAUUAGAUUGCGUGAAGGGCGUGCCAGACCAAUUGAUGUCCUAACCAAGCAUCUCAAUGGCUCUGAUGAUUUGGAUAUAGAAAUAAAUGAACCGUAUAUGGUCUUUAAGGGCUUGACUGUAAACGAAAUGAAUGAGCUACGUGACGACAUCAAAAUGCAUCUGGACCUUGACAGGGAAACACCAACUCAUGUAGAUUAUUGGGAGGCACUCCUUCUGGUGUGUGAUUGGGAGCUAGCUGAAGCUCGGAAAAAGGAUGCGCUUGAUCGAGCUAGGGUGCGUGGAGAAGAACCUCCUGCUGAGCUUCUUGCAGAAGAAAGGGGUCUCCAUUCCAGUGUUGAGCCAGAUGUGAAGAUCCUUUUGCAGGGGAAGACACAUGCAGAAUUGGAGGCUUUACGGGUUCACAUUGAAUCAGAAAUGCGUACUGGUACAGCAAAGGUGGUUGAGUACUGGGAGGCCAUUUUAAAACAUCUCCACAUUUAUAAAGCCAAGGCUUGUUUAAAAGAAAUUCAUGCUAAAUUGCUACGUAAGCAUUUGCAAUCCCUAGAGAAACCAUUGGAGGAUGAAGAUAAAUUGGAGGAUGCUAACAUAAUGAUACCUGAGGAGGAGGAAGAUACUGGGGAUGAUAUUAAGGUCCGAUCUCCAGAUAAAUCAUUUUCACCGGAGCCCAUUAUAGAAGAGCAAGAAGCUGAAGACGAGGCUGGAUCAUUUUCGCCACAACUGUUGCAUGGUGAUGAAAGUGAGGAAGCUAUUGACCCUGAAGAGGACAGAGCCAUGCUGGAGCGGAAUCGUAAGGCUGUAUUAGAAGAGCAACAAAGACGAGUUCAGGAAGCAAUGGCAUCAAAGCCAGCUCCUUCUGAAGAUAAUUUUGAGAUGAAGGCCUUAAAAGCUAUGGGAGAUAUGGAGGAUGGAGAUGCUGUGUUUGGAUCUGGUGCUGAAGUGAACCUGGAUUCCCAGGUUUACUGGUGGCAUGACAAAUACAGGCCUAGGAAGCCGAAGUAUUUCAAUCGUGUUCACACUGGAUACGAGUGGAACAAAUAUAAUCAGACUCAUUAUGAUCAUGACAACCCACCUCCAAAGAUUGUGCAAGGAUACAAAUUUAAUAUUUUCUAUCCUGAUCUAGUAGACAAGACAAAAGCUCCAACCUACACCAUUGAGAAGGAUGGCAGCAAUGGGGAGACUUGCAUUAUAAGAUUUCAUGCUGGGCCACCAUACGAAGACAUAGCUUUUCGCAUCGUAAACAAAGAAUGGGAAUAUUCACAUAAGAAAGGUUUUAAGUGCACAUUUGAACGUGGAAUUCUGCAUGUGUACUUCAAUUUCAAACGCCACCGCUACCGCAGAUAA